GAUGGUGUAGAUCGAUUGUAAUGAAAAAUCUAUGUAAAAAUCAAUAAUAGAAAACGCUGCUGAUAUCUGUGUAUCAUUGUUUUUGCUGUACAAAAUAGUUGAAAUACUUCAAAAAUAAUACAACAAAAAGUGUAACUGCAUGUGUCUAACUUUUAUUUAUACAGGAUGUGGUGAAUACAAUUCGAUUCUAACUAAACUACAAAGUGUUUGUUUACGUUUGAGAUAUUUGAGCUGAUUAGGAACAAAUGCAAUGAGUGCUCAUCAAUUCGAAAUGCUAGAUUGCAGAAAUAAUCUUCGCGAAUCCAGCAACGAUGCGACAUCGCUUGGUAUUAUGCAUUUGCAAAAAGUUUUCUCUGAAUUCUUACAACUCAAGGAUUUACUCAGUGAUAAGGAGAAGGAAUCACGGUUGUACAAUAUGCUACCGUUGUUCUGCAAAACGUUCGAAUCAUGUCCUGACGAGCUAUGUAACGAAUUCCCUAAUGUUGUGCAGUAUUGUCAGUAUUUAUCAAAGCUAAUGGUAGCAGAAAUUGAAACACGUGGAUCGAAUCAAAGUACAGAAGCGGCCUCAAAGAAAAUUGUUGAAUUUUUGGAAAUAAAUGAAACGGAGGAAACCAGUACUGGAUGGAUGUUACUAACAGCAAUCAAUAUAAUGGCGAAUGGGCCAAAAUCACUCGUGCAGGUAAUGACACAAUCUUCCAUACCGUCGACUCUAGUGAAGUGUCUAUACUUAUUCUUUGAUUUGCCUGCGUUAGAGGAAGAUGAUGCGAACAGUAUUAACAGUAAGUUCACCAGUAAAAAGAAACGUUCUAUGCUUCAAAAAUUAUUUGUUCAGGUACUAGUACGUCUUUGCUCACAUCCGUAUCCGGCAGAAGAAUUGGCUCGUAUGGAUGAUUUGCCAUUACUCUUUUCGGCAGUAACAUCUCACUGCCCUUCAUACAACGUGAUUUGGAGGAAAUCGGCAGCAGAAAUAUUGAUGACUCUCUCGCGACAUGGCUUGACAACUUUUGUUGUGCGUUAUCUUCAUGAAAAAGGUUGUGUUUCUUUGUGCGUAGAUAACAUGCAACGAUCUUCACAGUUGCAACCCUUAGAAGUGGUAGAAAUGGUGGUCUCGGUGUUUUGUUUUUUGAAAGAUUCGAGCGAAGUGUCUCAAACUUUACUAGACGAUUUCAAGGCUUGCCAAGGCUAUUUAUUCCUCGUUGAUUUUUUACUAAAAUUUGAUCAAGAAGAAGAGAAGUCUCCGGAUACUGAAGCUGCGAUUAGAAAUCUUGUUUUGAUCACAACAUCUCUUUGCGUAUGCGGAUAUAACGAGCUGAAAGUUCCAUUGAAUAAUAAUUUACUGUUUCAAAUGCACGGUUUCAAAAUGCCACAAAUAUCAGCACGUGGAACAUGUGUGCGAAAUUUGCAUGCUUUUCAAGUUCUACAAACAGUAUUCCAGAAGUCGGAAGAUACAUCUCUUUGUUGCAUUAUAUUGGAAGCAAUAUCCAGCGUUUAUCAUUCCGACAACGCAAAUUAUUUUAUUUUGGAGUCGCAAAAUACGUUAUGUCAAUUCUCAGAAAUUAUUCAUAAAAAAACGCCUCCUGUACGGGAACGAUUUUUCAGUUUACUGGAAUUCAUUGUGUUUCAGUUAAACUUUGUACCAUGCAAAGAACUAAUUUCGUUAUCGUUGCUGUUGAAAUCGAAUCAUUCAGUGGAAUGCAGCAUAUUGUGCAUGAAAACUUUUCUUAACUUAUUAAAGCAUAAUAGUUUAUUCUGCGAUGUGUAUCGAGAAGUAGGAAUAUUGGAAGUAUUUGUCAAUUGUCUAAAGAAGUACAAAAUAAUUUUAGAAACGGAUAGCUCUAGCACAACAGAAGAUGGAUCCCAAGAUCACUACAGAGUUUUAGGAGAAAUGAUCCUAGAAGCGUUUGUCUUAUUAUUGAGCGGAAAUAAUAAUAAUGCAACCGUAUUCCGAGAUAGUGGAGGCUCAAAGUGUAUUCAUGAUAUGCUUCAUUUUGAGAAUAGUCGAACAGCAGUUUUAAAAAUUAUCAGGGAAAUGAUGCUUAAUGCUGGAGGAGACGAUGAAAUGUUACGCUUGAUAACAACAAUGCAAAAUGCAUCGUUAGAACAAAUACGAUUGAAAAUUCAUAUUCUAAAAUUAUUAAUAUCUUGUCUUCGCGACAGUCAUCGCACUAGAACCAUAUUUCGGAAAGUAAACGGGUUUUCAUAUUUAAUCAAUACGCUAGGUGAUUUAAAAGGAAAAUUUUCUCAUCCCGUCGAUAUUACUGUAACACAGCAAUAUCUAUAUUUACUUGGUUUCACAUGUCAAGCUCUCACUACAGCAAUGCGGUUUGAACCUGCCAACGCGAAGUUUUUUCUACAUGAGCUAUGCUACAAUGUUUUCUAUGAUGCAAUAAGAGCAUUAGGAUGCUUCAGUUCUACUACAAUUCUCAAAGAGUGCGAUGUAUUGCCGGUCAGCUCUGAUACUGUCACGAUUGAUUGCUAUAGUCGUCUUUUUGCACAGGAUAUUUCCACUUUAAGCCAUAGCAUUCCAGAGCCAAAAUCAUUAUCGUUCGUGUGUAUAAUAUUUCGUGUAAUGUACAAUAUAGCCUUAGACAGCUUCGAAAAUAAUAGUGUGACAAAUAUUGCAGAAAUAGACAUCCAUAAGAAUGUUACUAUAUCGGAUAAAUCUAAUGAUGGUAAUAAGACAAUAAAAUCUACAUUAAAUUUAACUUCUCUAUGCACAGAACCUAUUAUUGUGCAUCCAGGUAUUGUGCUGUGUAUGUUACUACUUCUUCCUUCAGUUGAACAUUCGGAGCACGCCCAAAAAGGUCUUGAUCUUCGCUAUUACCUUGCAGAAAUAUUGAAAAGCUUAGUUCGAAGUGAGCGCAAUCAACAAAUAAUGUGUGAAGCUGGAAUGGCGGGCAGUUUGCUAAAAUUUUGCAAAGCUGCUUUAUUGGUAGAACAACAUUCUCUUCAUUUGCCAUUACAAUAUAUAUUUGAGCGUCUAGCAGUACAAGCACUACAGCCGAAAGAAUUUAGAGAAUUUUUACGUCUUGGAUUUUGUACUGAGGCUCUGGGUGUUGGAAGUUCAACACCAAUUUCAAUCCCAUUAACUCGUAUCAAAACGCUAGUGUCUAUGACAACUCCUAGAGAUUUUCGAGCACACGGUUCGUACACGUUACCACCAUUUGUUGAGAUCGAUAUGAGUUCUGAAGGAUUUGGGUGUAUAUUUUUACCAAGUCUAGCACCACAGGCGCUUUUAGCAAAUAGCACAGAAACUGAUGGGCAGGCAAUUGGAGGCAUUGGAACCGGUGAUAGAAACUUUCCUCCAAUGAACGGUUUAAGCUAUUCAACAUGGUUUUGUGUGGAGAAGUUUGGGGAUUCAAGAGUUGAUCCACACUGUGUGCGACUAUUGACAAUAGUUCGAGCAGUCAAUAAACCAAGAGAGGAAAACUAUGUUUGUUUUACAAUACUCUUAUCAUCAAAAGACAAAGCAAUAAUAGCCUCAACACAACCUUUUCUGUUGGAGCAAAGCAAUGUAGAACAGGAACCUGAUUAUUCAGAAGAAUUUACUGCGCGCGUCUGGUGUCCGGAUUUGUUAAUAGAAGGGCAAUGGCAUCAUUUGGUAGUGGUAAUUAAUAAAUUAGCUGCAAAGAACAGUAGUUUUUCACUUUUUAUUGACGGGCAUCAUAUGCAUACACAAAAAAUACAAUAUAUAACCCCAGCACCAGGUACUAAUUUUCUAAGCAAUACUUCUCCAACAUCAUCAGUAUAUGCAUACAUUGGAACUCCGCCAGCAUUGAGAAGAUAUUCAAGACUUUGCUGGAAACAAGGUGUAUGCCACCUAGUUGAAGACGUUUUCAAUCAAUCUAUUGUUAGUAAAAUAUAUGCACUCGGACCGCAUUACCUAGGAUCUUUGCAAGCCCCACACACCGAAAAGGUUUUGGACGAUGCUGUAAAUCCGUUGGUACCUGAAGAACGUGUUUUGUUUGGGCUAAAUGCUCGAGCUGUUUCCAAUCUAACCUUGUCAAAGAUCAGAAAAAUAUACAGUAGAUUAGACUGUAAAGCUAUUGCUAAGCAACUGGGCAUGAACUCCCAUGACAAUGCUACUCCUAUCAAAGUGCUACACAAUUCAGCAGGGCAUUUAGCCGGACCAGCGCGUACUUUGGGGGGUGUAAUGAUUGGAUAUUUAGGAAUCAGAUGUUUCAGUCCAAAUCCAGUUUCUGCGAUUAUAUAUACUGUUGGAGGUUGUAGCGUGCUGUUGGGCAUUAUCGCUAUGUCACAGAAUGUGGAAAGUCUCUACGCUGGAGUAAAAGCCUUAACAUGUGUGUUGAAAUCUAACAAGUCAACACAAAGCGAAAUGGACCGAAAGCGAUACUAUCAAACACUGGGAAUGAUUUUCAAAAGGAAAAAACAUCUUUUAAACUCGCAUAUAUUACAUCUCACUUUUAAUUUAGUGGGAACCGUCAACAGUGGUCAGGAAACAUCAGCAAUUCCAAACAUUAUGUCAUUUCAGGAUCUCUUAUGUGAUUUUGAAAUAUGGCUAGGGGCCCCAAACGAACUAUUAAAAUCUUUAUUAGAACAUUUGUUCGAGCUGGCGUCGGAAUCGAGCGAAAAGCGAACUAAUAUUCGUAUAAUGAGAGACAUGCAGUGCAUUUCAAAAUUAUUGUUGAUUGUUGAUGAAAUUGAUGAUCAAAGCUCUCGAGAUGUUUUAUACAAUCUAUUAGAAGUCCUGCUUGGUUCACAACCACGAGUGAAUGAUUUGCUACUGUUUGGACAGCAUUUAGUUUGUAAUAUUCCUCAGCCCGGAAAUGACUGUGACAGAAAUAUGAAUCUAACGGAUUACAUAGACGCAACUACAGUUUUGCUACGCAAACCGGAAAUGUAUAAAACGAACACUGUUUUACGAAAUAUUAUUCUACGAAAUAGAGGUUUAUGUUUGUUGCAUGGUUUACUGUUCACAACGCGAAACACCGUCAAUACUAUCCUAACCGAUGAAAUUUCGAAAGUUCUCGGAACAGAUUGGUUAAUGCAGUUUAUGAUGCCUCAUUUACAUUCUUCAACAGUAAUCUGGGCCUUGCGCAUACUUGUAGUACUUUGCGCUAAUGAUAUUAUUAUCACACGAUUACGUGGAGGUACAAUGAAUUCUGGUUAUAUGCGAAAUACGGAAGUAAUAGGUCAGAGCAAAGACAUAAUAAAAUUGUCAUCAUCACAAGCGACAGCAUUACCAUCGAAUACUAAAAAUUCGGAAGACCCCAUCCUUUCACUAAUAACGAAACAAAAUGAAGAAAAUAAAACAUGUUAUACACACUGUUCGGGUUUCAGCUAUCUAGAAUGGUUAUUACUGCAUCAUAUAAAUAUUCCAGAAAUAUAUUUUCUGUUGACCGCACUUAUGAUGGGCCAGCCGGUGAAAGUUCUUGGAACAGAACAUGUAACUCUUGACUUGGACAAAAUCUGGACCUUUCUGUGGGGAACACCGGUAUCGAGUGCUCUUAGUAGUUCUAUUUUACCUAAGAUGACCUUAUGUCCAGAGGCUGUAUGCAUCAUGCUCAGUAUCAUAAGAAAAAUAGUCCAUACUCCAGAUAACGCAGAAUGGCUCAACAGUCACCCUAUUACACUUAUACAAGUUUUAUUUUCGCUGUAUCAUAACCUACCAGAUUUUAUGGCCAUUGUCAUGUCACCAGAUGUAAUCCAUUCUUUGAUCGGAGUAAUAUUUCCAUAUCCCAUCACUUCUACAGAAUCCGAAGCAAGCAGCAUAUCAUCGACCUCAGAAGAAUUGUCAUAUCAUGUGCUCCAGAAAUGUUCAUCAAAUCAGGAUAAGCAAGAUCUAACAAGCCACCCAGUUCGAAAAUUUGUUAUCGAUUUUCUGAGAGUUGUUGCUGUUGAUUCCUUUAGUUUAGCAUGCAGUGGAAAAAAUCUUCCAAUUAUUGACUGCAUUUUAGACGAUCAACCAGAUAACGAUUCCUUUACUGCUAGGUGUACGUUCAUAACGGAAAUAAUAACUACUUUAAUGGAUCAUUUAUUAGCAGCUGAUAUAUUGGUUGGAGAGCAGGCAGCACUUCCUAUUGUUCCGCUGCUGCAAAGUCACGUACAAAAUAUUGCUCCUAAUGUUUUCUACUUAUCAGCUCGAAUUGUCGACAAAUUAUGGCAGGGCAGUCUCAGUAGAGAUCCACAUGAAGUUUUUGAGUUUAUAAUUAAAUUGAUAAGUCAAGCAAAACGUCGCUCUACUGCUCUGUCGCUUGACCAGUUGUAUCAUUCUUUGAAUCGUUGCAUCUUGUAUCUAAUUUCUCGAAGUACGGACAGUGUAUCAGAUCAAAUGAUGGUUAUGGAAGCGUUGCACAAGCUUACGACAAAUCGGCUUAUAAUUUUUGGUGCUGGCAAUCACGAAUUGGAAUUUAUUGGAUGUUUGGCGUAUUGUCUGAUGCAAUUAACUGCUAACGAAAAAAUAGCCUAUAACGUUAAAGAUUGUUCGGAAAAUGUUCGCACGACGACAUGGCAUGUUAACCCGAUCAAUAACAUUAUUAGCAUUAACGAUGAGGACUCACUUAACCGACAGCAAGGAAUAAAUUUAAUUGCAAACGCGGCGUCCCGUGUGUGGGAGGAGUUGUACGUGUGCAAAAAACCGGCAAUAGAAGAAGUGUUUAAGAUCACGUUAACCAUGCCACCAAACAAUGCCAAAGCACCUGACAUGAUAAUUACACGAGAACAGAUAUUAGAUGGCGCUUCAAAACUGUGGUUGAGUUAUUUGGAUGGCGAAAAGAAGGCACUGUAUAAAGUUCCGUGGGAUUUACAUAAUAAUAUACAAUCGAAAAUACAAAAAGUGACGGGUAAUUUAACUAGAUUGGCUAGUCGCACAAAAGUUAAAAAGGACGAUCAAUCAAAAGAAAAAUCUGAUCCAGAUAUGGAAACUAUCUAUCAACUCAAUUUAGUCAACUUAUAUUUAGUUAAAGAAUUCUGGGAAAUGCGUUCCACCCAACACUUGCAGACCGCGCAACACACUCAAAGGUAUGUAUACCAGGAAUGGUUACAGUCUGAGUCGGAAUUGUUCAGAGAGCGUGGUCUCUGGGGUGCAAAAGAGUCUAACGAUUUCACGAAAUGGAUGCUUGAUACAACGGAAGGACCAUAUAGAAUGCGUAAGAAGAUGAUUAAAAAUGACUUGUUCUACACUCAUUACCCAUAUCGGCCGGAAAUGGAGACUUCUGAUCAAGCUUGUCGACAAAUGAAAUACAAAGUGGCUACUAGUCUCGAUAGCAGGAAGUACUAUCUUAGUAAAAAGAAUGUACCCAACGUUUUAUCACUACAAACAGAGCAAGAAUUAGGAACAGAACCCUUGAAUAGAAGCGAUAAAAUAGGAAAGAGCUUGCACGACAACGAACAGGGGUAUGAUAUGGAAGAUGACGAUGAACUAUCGUCUACGUUGGAUAAUCAAACUUUACUACGUUUGUUGGAAGAAAAAGAAAAGAUAUCACACAUAUUUCGAUGCGCAAGGAUACAGGGUCUAGACACCUAUGAAGGUUUAAUAUUGUUUGGAAAGGAGCAUUGUUACGUAAUUGAUGGUUUUACGCUACUAAAAAAUCGUGAAAUUAGAGAUAUUGAUUCACUAUCUUGUGGAAGUUACGAACCUAUUUUACCAAAUCCAGGAAACGCAAGAAUAUCUCAUCAAAUGAGACAAAGCUCCAAAUUUGCCUAUGAGGAAAUACGUGAGGUCCAUAAGCGUAGGUAUCUACUGCAGCCUAUCGCCUUGGAAAUAUUCUCUGGCGACGGACGAAACUUUUUGCUCAGUUUUCCCAGGAAAGUGCGAAAUAAAGUUUAUCAGCGGAUAAUGUCCAUGGCUACCUCAAUUGCUGAUAAUGCUCAACAGUCAGUAGCGGGCCAAAGUCGUACAGCCAACGUAGAACAAUCAUCAAGUUUGCUAAGCAGCCUGAUUGGGGAAACAUCUGUGACUCAGCGAUGGGUGCGUGGAGAAAUAUCGAAUUUUCAGUAUUUGAUGCAUUUGAAUACAUUAGCUGGAAGGUCGUACAAUGAUUUGAUGCAAUAUCCAGUAUUCCCAUGGAUUCUAGCUGAUUACGAAUCAGAACGCCUUGAUUUGUCCGAUCCAAAAUCUUUUCGUGACUUUUCCAAGCCUAUGGGAGCGCAAUCUAAAGAUCGGCUUCAACAGUUUGAAAAACGUUACCAUGAGUGGGAUGAUCCCCACGGAGAAACACCUCCCUAUUUCUAUGGGACGCAUUAUAGCUCUGCAAUGAUUGUCUGUUCAUAUCUUGUUCGUAUGGAACCAUUUACGCAGCAUUUUUUACGUUUACAAGGUGGCCAUUUUGAUCUUGCAGACCGAAUGUUCCACAGUAUAAAAGAAGCAUGGCAUUCCGCAUCUAAACACAAUAUGGCUGACGUAAAAGAACUUAUUCCUGAAUUCUUCUAUUUACCGGAAUUUUUACUGAAUGCAAACAGUUUCGAUUUUGGUAUGAAGCAAAAUGGAGAGAUUCUAAACCAUGUAGUAUUACCACCUUGGUCAAAAGGAGACCCAAGAGAAUUUAUUAGGUUACAUCGGGAGGCUCUGGAAAGCGAUUAUGUGAGUCAGCAUUUACACUUGUGGAUCGAUCUCAUAUUUGGAUAUAAGCAACGGGGUCAAGCAGCUGUAGAAUCAGUAAAUGUGUUUCAUCAUCUUUUCUAUGAAGGAAACGUUGAUAUUUACAACAUCGAUGAUCCUCUUAAGAAAAACGCUACAAUUGGAUUUAUAAAUAAUUUCGGUCAAAUUCCAAAACAGCUAUUCCGUAAGGCCCACCCAGCAAAAAGAGUUAAUUUAAUGAAACAUUCAGCAUUAGAAUCAAACUCGCUAUCACUAUUAGGACAUUCAGGCUCGAUGAACAUUAGAUUAUUUUUUCACAACUUAGAAUCAUUGAAAUCAAGUUCUCAAGCAGUUAAAGAACUCAAGGGCCCAGUUGGACAUAUAAUUCAAAUGGAAAAGUUUAUUUUAGCUGUUGAACAGAACAAAAUUCUAAUGCCUCCUAACUUCAAUCGGUAUAUAGCUUGGGGUUAUGCUGAUCAUUCAAUACGAGUUGGCAUAUAUGAUUCAGAUCGUGCAUUAUUCGUUUGUGAAAAUGUUGCACCGGACUCUGGAGAAAUCCUUGCCUGUGCUUGUCCAAAUGCUAAAACAAUAAUUAUGGCUGGCACUAACUCCAUUUUAACUGUCUGUGAUAUAGAUUUUAAGCAAAAACAAUUAUUUGUUAAGCAUACUUUACAUGGACAUACGGACGCGGUCACCUGUCUAACUGCAAGCACAGCCUUCAACAUAAUUGUGUCUGGUUCGAAGGAUCGAUCAGCAAUCAUUUGGGACAUGUCAAGGUAUAAAUAUGUGCGUCAACUAUCCAAUCAUGUCGGUGUGGUUGCAGCUGUCAGUAUAAAUGAACUUACGGGUGAUAUUGCAACGUGCUCUGCUACAUGGUUAUACGUAUGGUCUAUUAAUGGUGACUGCCUAGCAAAGGUUAAUACCAGUAUCGGAUCUGCAGAUCGCAUGCAACAAAUAUUGUGCGUGAUAUUUUCAUGCAAGAACGAAUGGGACAAAGAUAAUGUUAUAAUAACCGGUUCAACAGAUGGGGUAGUAAGGAUAUGGUCUUUGGAUCAUGUACAGAUACCAUGUGAACGUCAAAGUUGCAGUGAUGCUCAUUUGUGUUCAGAAGAUCCAUUAUUAUAUGAGGAAGUCGAAGAGGCAGGAGGUUCUGCUUUUGAUAUUGCAGGAUCUGUUGUGAAAUCAUCAUCAAUAAGUACCAUAGUUGGACAUAAUACAGAUGAAAACCCAAAGGAUAUGGAUAAUUGCAAUUUGGAUACUUUGAAUAUUGUUUCGAACAUUAAAGCAGUGUCAAUUGAUCGCCAACUAAAUAAACUCAAAUCGAUAGAUGAUAGACAACGAAUACAUAAAGAUGAGACUAACAAUUCUAGAAGCGUCUUUCGUUGGAUACGGCAAUUGAUAUUUCGAACAAAACUAACAAUGCAUACAGCAUAUGAUCGCAAAGAUAACAUUGAACCCGCAAGUAUAACUUCAUUGGCUAUAUCGAAUGAUCAUCGUACAAUUUUUGUUGGUGAUGCUAGAGGAAGAAUAUUUUCAUGGAGUGUAACUGAUCAGGUCGGUCGCAAUACAGGUGCUGGUUGGUUAAAAGACGGACGAGCCGAAACGUGUGUUGGAUGCAACACUGGAUUCAAUCGACAGGAACGAAAAAUAUAUUGUAAAAACUGCGGACAGCAGUUUUGCAGUAAAUGUUGUCAUGUCGAGCCUGGUUUAUUUAACCUGAGAAUUCGUAUUCCAGCUCGUAUUUGUAAUGUGUGUUACUCCCAGUUAAAGGAAACAUGUGAUGUGUAGAUAGUAAAGUAAGUUAGCACAAAUAUGUAUAAUAGGACGAAAAGAUUAUACCUAAGUAAUCACUAGUGUUUUGUGUAGCUCUUACAAAUCUAUAUCUAUAUAUUGUAUUUAUAUAAAAGAAUACCAAAUAAUCUGUUGUGUUUGAACACUAUUACGUGAUCCCUGUAUUAGGAAUGUAAAGUAUCAUUGCACUGAAAUCUUUUUUUACAAGGUUUGUUUUUUCGUCUACUCAAGAACCGUAGAACUUAGGCACCAUUUACAAAAUACGUGACGAAUGUCGAGCCUCUCACAAAUUCAUUAAGUAAAAAGUGAACGUUCAUAAGUUGGCCCAUUCUUAAUAAUCGAAAAAACAAACCGUGUAAAAAAGUACUUGAGUGUAAUU